UGUUACAGUGUGACAUGCGGCGGAAAUAGGCAAACAAAGCGGGAGCUGCGUUAGUUCUGUGGAGGUAGUAGAAGACGGUGUUGUCGUUUUAUUGCGAAUAAAUACUUCUCUCCUAAUAAAUCAACAAUGUCUUCAGUUCACUAUCUGAGAGAGUUUGUCACCGAGCGACUAACUGCUGCUGUUGAAGAAAUAUUCGGAGUCUUUGAGAAAAUUGUCGUCGAGUACGAGCAGGAGAUCGAUCGUCAGCGCAGACUGCUGGAUAUCGUUUGGAAACCAGAAGUAAAGCUACACGGAAUAGAGCUGCCACAGCAACAUGUCUGUCAGGAGGAGGAGCUUCUGGAUGACCAGCAGCUCUGGAACCAGGAGAGGAACUCCAGUCUGGACCAAGAGGACCCAGAGCAUCCACAGAUUAAAGAGGAACAGGAGGAACUCUGCAGCAGUCAGGAGGGAGAGCAGCUCGGACUGAAGCAGGAGGCUGAUCCCUUUAUGUUGACUCCUACUUAUGGGGAAAGUGACCACAGUGAAGCAGAACCAACCAGUGACCAGCAGUUUCUCUGUCACAGCUCUGCUGUAGCUGAGAGCCAGGAUCAGGAAGGAAGCCAACAUGGAGACUCAGGAUCAGCCAGUCACAGUAGCAAUGUGGACAACUCUCCCCUGUCAGAGACUCAGUCUAAACCUCCCACAGGUAAAAAGUCUGUCAAGUGUGACACUUGUGGUAAAGCUUUUAAGUGGAAGUCUGAUUUGGAUAGACAUUUCAGAAGCCACACAGGUGAUGAUCCAUAUGAGAACCCACACAG